GAUCAACAAAACUAGCAUACAAACUUAUAAAGCUUUACAAAUAACCAACACUAACAUUCUUCUUGCAUUUUCAUAUAGAUUUCUUAGACUUUAAGCUCUUAUUUAGCUCCUUGUUCAACUACUGACAUAGCAUAUUUUCUUUUGAGCGUGAAAAAAAGGAAGAUACAUUUAUUUUUGGUUGUGAUAUGGAUCGAGUAGCAAAAUUGGCAUCCCAAAAGGCAGUGGUGAUUUUCAGCAAGAGCUCAUGCUGUAUGUGCCAUGCAAUCAAGAGACUGUUUUAUGAUCAAGGGGUAAGCCCUGCAAUUUAUGAGCUCGAUGAAGACUCCAGAGGGAAGGAAAUGGAGUGGGCACUUAUGAGGCUAGGAUGCAACCCCUCCGUGCCAGCAGUGUUCAUUGGGGGCAAAUUUGUAGGCUCUGCAAACACAGUGAUGACCCUUCAGCUUAAUGGCUCUUUGAAGAAACUGCUCAAAGAAGCUGGAGCUCUAUGGCUUUAGUAGCAAUGAAGUCAUUUCAGCAUGCAUGUUAUAUUAAGCUUAAAAGGGAUAACUCAGCUGUAUAUUAAUUAAUUUUCCUAAAUUUCCCUGUUUUUUUUCCCACCUCUUGCGGCUGCAAAGAGUAUCAUAUAUACUAUAUAUGGAAAAUAAUCUAUAGAGAGAUCUGUUGCUAGUCAUAUAAUUAAGUAUUAAUCAUAUGUUUUUGAAUGUACA